UAAACAAAAGUUACAGAUUCACCAUUACCCCUUUAAGUUCCUGAACAGCUACAGUAUGGAAGAUGCACAAAUGCGUCUGAAGACUUACAACAAACUCAUUGUCGUCCGCGAUCCCUUAGAGAGGCUAGCCUCUGCCUGGCUUGAUAAAUUUUUCAUCAGUCCAGGUCGCUUCAGCUUCAUAAGGAGGUUACGGCAGGCUGUAGGGAAUUCAAAAUUCGGAAAUACAACAACAAAAAGGGCUUUGCCCACGAAUAGAUCUAGACGAGGAUCCAUGCAUGGGGCUAGGAGAGCUCCACCAAUUUCCAUCAGGGAUUUUGUCUGGAGUAUUAUCAACAAUAAAUAUAGAAAUGAACACUGGGAACCGUUCUUCAGUCAGUGUGCUCCCUGCCAGGUUCAAUACGACUUCAUCGCUCAUACGGACACGCUGGUAGAAGACCUUCGUCUGUUCUUCCACAUGAGCGGUAUCGUAGGGAAGGACGGCAUCCUCCCGAGACAGCACCCGUCUCGGGCUAAAGCAGGCUUCGGCAGGACCUUCCGAGUGGUCCCGCCGGAGGACAUACGUCACCUCGGAGAAAUCUACAAACCGGAUUUUGACAUGUUCGGAUACUCGAUUGAGGAGGACCUUGAAGCGAUUGAAAACGCACUAAAACAAAAUGUCUGAGUUAGCGAUAGUCCAUUUUUAGUACGGACCAAAGAUCUGUAAAAGUACGUGUAA